CAAAAAGCACGGCGCUGCUGAGACGCGCGAGGCAAAAUGUGCAACUUUGAAUGCAACUCGACGUGUCCGCCUUCAGUCAGACCAGUCGAUGUCAGAAACGGGCAGGCGUUUAAUCGAGCGCCGACGGAACGGCGGGGAGAAAAUGACCUCUGGUUUAGCUAGUUCACGUUAACUUUGUAACCUUUGAGUCGAGAUAUAUAUAGAUCUUUUUUUUUUUUUUUUUUUUUUUUGGCGUUGUUAGGUUAGCCUGGAUAAGCCAGUUAGAGGCACCGAAGAUACCGAGUUAUAAUAAACAGGUUAAAAAAAAUGCUGAGGUAUUCAUCCGGGAGGCGGAUAAUAUUUGGGCUUCCAGCGUGGAGACGCGUGCAGCAGAACAUCCGGCCGCCUAGCUGCACACCAGGAGCCCAGCUGCUGCUGCGUCCUCCUCAAGCCUCCUCCGUGCGUACCUUACUCGGACCGUCAUCCAGCAGCAGAUGUGGCGGCGGCGUCGGGCCCGCGGCCUGGAUGGCCCCGCGUCUUUGUCACGGCGACUCAAGGGACGCCUCGGAGAAAGGAGGCGACGACGGCAAAGGCUUCAGCAUGAGGGCCCUGACUCAGGCACCCAAGCCAGCUCUGUACCUCGGGUUCUCCGGCCUCAUCCCGUUUCUCUCCGCCCCGCUCUUCAUGGCUGCCACCCAGUCCUUCUACCCCGAGGUAGCCUACGCCCAGAUGGUGUACGGCGCCUCCAUCGUGUCCUUCCUGGGAGGCGCCCGCUGGGGAUUCGCCCUCCCUGCUGGUAGCCCCGCUGAGCCGGACUGGAGGAACUUGGGCAACAGCGUGGUGCCGUCGCUGCUGGCCUGGCUGGCGCUGCUCUGCAGGGACAAUAUAACAGAGGGAGCCCUGGUGGUUCUAAUGGGACUGGGUCUGUCACUGCAUUACGACCUGAGCGUGCUGCCAGGCUACCCCACCUGGUUCAGAGCCAUGAGGACGGUCCUGACUCUGGUCGCCACCUUCUCCCUCGUUGCCACGCUGCUACUUAAAAAGAUCUGCGUGGAGAGAAAACUCAGAGAGAUGCAGAAGUGACCUAUAGGAGGGGUUUUGGAUUUAACAUGAAUAAAGACUUCUAAGCACUU